AUGCCGAAGCGCCCGCACGCCCGUAUGCAGACUCAGGGAUUGAAAAGAGACACAGCGGUGACAUCUGAGAUAGGGGAAAUGGGGAGCGAGUUUUUUUCCCCCCGACAUCUUAGGGAGGAAGGAGCAGCUGGCUCAGUGGAACGCCUGGCUGCCCCCGCUCUCCUGUCCCUCGUCCCUACCUCAGCCCUUGUCCCUGUAAUGGUCCUGGUCCCUAACCCGCUCCUUGUCCAGCACCUUUUCCCAGUCCCUGUCCCUACCCUCGCCCCUUGUCCCUAUCCCGGUCUUAAUCCCUGUCCUGUGCCUGUCCCUGUCCCAAUCCCUGCCCCUGCCCCUGCCCCUACCUCCGGCCCUGAUACCUAUCCCAGUCCCUGCUCCUGCCCUUCCACCCCCCCCCGUUUCUGA